AUGGCGAACUCAGUGGUUCAGUUGGGCAACGACGAAUUCUCGCGCGCCUUCCUUCGGCCAUCACACAUCAACGUGCGAGAAAAGCGUGUCUCCCUCGCUCCUUUCUCCUCACUCAAGCACGCACGCAACAUGGACGAGACCGAAAUCUCGCAACUGUUUAUUUCGGCAGUCAACAGACAUCACCUCAUACCAGGAUCAGUGCUUGUUCAAAAUGCUCACAAGCUGUCUUGCCCCGCUGCCGAAGGGGCACAGCGCGGAAUUAGCGCCUCAAUCAUCCGCUCUCUUCAUGUCCCCAGGCGCGGACAAGCUCAUUGGGCAGACCAGAGGGUGCCGGUGUAUUUCUUCCCCCGUGUCCCUGAUGCGGAUCCUUUCGCAGGCGCGGAGAAGAAGAACGAUAACACCGAGGCUGGACGCGAGCGUAAAUGGCGACUCGAGCAAAUGUCUGAAGCAGCGGAGCGUCUUUUCUCCGCUCAGCAUCGCGUCUUUCUCUUCAUGAUCGUCAUCUUCGGGCGGAAAUUCAGGCUCAUCCGCUGGGAUCGUGCAGGAAUAAUUGCGACACCUCCGACAGACUACUAUGAGCAACCUGGCAUAUUAUGCGACUACCUGCGGCGGCUCUCUCUUCUUGACGACGCCUCCCUCGGAUUCGAUCCUACCGCUACUCGCGUUCUGAGUCGCGAUCCCGACUUCCUCCGCAUGGAUGUCGCCGCAACGCUGAACAACCAGGACCUCGAUCACUUCAAAUGUCAUGCGGAGGAAGGCGAAGUCGGCGGACCCCAUGUUUUUCGAUACGUACGCUCAAUGUUUCGAGACAGUCUCUCGUCAGACUGGCCGCGCUACAGACUACAGGUGCCAGACGGUGACAGCAUGCGCGACUACCUCGUGGGCAAACCCGUGGUUCAUGGCUCUAAUGUCUUUGGUCGUGGGACGCGAGGAUACGUGGCCUUUGACUGCCGAACUGGUUGUUUCGUAUGGCUCAAGGAUGUCUGGCGCGCGUCCGUGAUGGUCGCUGAACGGGAGGGCGAUGUCCUCCGUGAGCUCAACGAGGCUGGGAUCGAGAAUGUCCCGACCCUCGUAUGUCAUGGCGACGUCGGCGACCAAGCGACUGUUACCGACCUGUGGUGGUCGCGGGGACACACUACAAGCCCGACGUCGCCCUCGUCAUCAGCGUCGACGUCACCUUCUUCCACUGGUAGAAAACGCAAGAGAGCAGCUAGGCACCACAGCGAUAACGGUGUUUCGCGCUUUAGGAGUCGACAGGCCCCUUCUGCAAAUGCCAAUCCACCUUGUCCUCUGCGACGCCACACGCAUUAUCGCGUCAUCGUGAAGGAGAUCGCUCUGCCACUCAAGAAUUUUCAGCGUGGGAAGCAACUGGCCUCUAUCGUUCUCGAUUGCCUACGCGCUCACCAUCAGGCGGCCACCAAUCCCGCGACCAUGCGCCUCCAUCGAGACAUCAGCGGGGAGAAUAUUCUCAUCUACCCUAGGGUCAGACAGGAGAAGGACGGAAGGGGUCACUCGAUAGUCUGGACGGGUCUCCUUAUCGAUUGGGAACUCUCCAAGCAUGGAGACUCUGAGAAUGUGCCGACAUCAGAAGGUCGCAUGGGCACCCACGAGUUCAUGUCCGUUAAUCUGUUGGGGAACUUACAUGAUCCCGUCAAAAUCUCCGACGAGCUAGAGUCAUUUUUUCACGUCCUUGUCUACUAUUCCGUCCGUUACCUGCGCUCCAACUGCACCAGUCCCAACUCCUGGCUAGACAACUACUUCUAUUUUUGUGGCUUCCCGAACGCCUACACCGGCGCGCUCAAGUCAGUAGCCAUCAAGCAGCACGGGUACCUCAGUACGCUAGUGCCCGAGGGACCUCUGCUCUUCGACAGUCCGAUGGACCAGCUUCUCGGAACCCUCAUCAAGAGCUUCAGGGCACACUACAAAAUCAUGUAUCAUGAAGCCCUCAAUGCCCCUACUCCCUCUUUCGCCUCUUCGUCAUCGUCAGGAACGGAAAGCCAGAAGGCCGCCCGCGCCGCUGCUCUUGCGAUCUUUGCCGUCGAGUCGAUGGUCCCUGUGACCGUCCUAGAGGAUGACCCAGAAUUUGCAGAGUAUGAGGCGAACAAACAACCAAUCGUACAUCCAGACAAGACGCCCACGGAGGAAGACCGGCAACUAGCGAGUCGUGUCGCGGACCAUUCCUUCGCACUCGACUUCAUUUCUCAGUUGCUCCACCGAAAUGACUGGCCAGACGACGAUCGCAUACCCCAAUGUCCCGCUCCGCCUCCACCUGCGCACGAACCUGACGUCGAACCCGACGUUGAGGAACCUGCGCCCCCCACCAAACGUCGUCGCACAACAGGUCCUAAGGAGAAGACAGCGAGUCCUACGCGCGCAGGUACCGAAGUCCGUCGUACCCGCAGUAGAACGCGCGCUGCUGCUGCUGCUGCUGCCCAAAAAGGCCCUAUACGACGUCGUAAGACCUAGGGUGAGAAACAAUGGGGUCGCCUUCCACUGCUCGUAUCGACGCUCAAACACC